GAACUCAAAAAAAAAAAAAAAAAAAAAAAAAAAAAAAGAUAACAAACGCCGUCGUUUCUCUCAAAGCAGUGAACCCAAACCCGAACCCGCCAUCAACCAUGAACACCCUCACGGACCUCCCCGCCCAAUCGCUUCUCCUCCGCCCACGACUUCCGUACACGUCACCCUCCUCUCUCUUCCGCACACUCCCUCUCGCUCGCCGCAACCCCACCGCACGCAUUCGCUGCUCGAUCGCCGAGGACUCGUCCGCCACCGCGAUUUCUCCGCCUCACUCGGCGGCGGAGGAACACUCCUCCCCCUCAAAUGUAGAUUGCGUGGUCGUUGGCGGCGGAAUCAGCGGCCUCUGCAUCGCACAGGCGCUCGCAACCAAACACUCCGACGUCGUUCCCAACGUCAUCGUCACCGAGGCCAGAGACCGCGUCGGUGGCAACAUCAUCACCGUCGAGCGAGACGGUUAUCUCUGGGAAGAAGGCCCCAAUAGCUUCCAGCCCUCCGAUGCCAUGCUCACCAUGAUGGUGGAUAGUGGAUUGAAGGAUGACUUAGUUUUGGGUGAUCCUAAUUCGCCGCGUUUUGUGUUGUGGAAUGGGAAAUUAAGGCCAGUCCCCUCGAAGCCGGCCGACCUGCCUUUCUUUGAUUUGAUGAGCAUUAGUGGCAAACUCAGGGCUGGCUUUGGUGCUCUCGGCAUCCGCCCUCCUCCACCAGGGCGUGAGGAAUCAGUUGAGGAGUUUGUGCGUCGUAAUCUUGGCGAUGAGGUUUUUGAACGGUUGAUCGAGCCAUUUUGUUCAGGUGUCUAUGCGGGUGAUCCUUCAAAACUAAGUAUGAAAGCAGCAUUUGGGAAAGUUUGGAAUCUAGAGCAGAAUGGUGGUAGUAUCAUUGGUGGCACUUUUAAAGCAAUCCAGGAGAGAAAUAAAGUUCCCAAGCCACCUCGAGAUCCGAAUCUACCAAAGCCAAAGGGCCAAACUGUUGGAUCACUUAGGAAGGGACUCGCUAUGUUGCCAAAUGCAAUUUCUACAAGGUUGGGUGGAAAAGUAAAAUUGUCUUGGAAGCUUUCAAGUAUCAGUAAAUUGGAUAAUGGAGGUUACACUUUGACAUAUGAAACACCACAAGGAUUGGUUUCUCUUCAGAGCAAAAGUGUUGUCAUGACGGUUCCUUCCCAUAUUGCAAGCAGUUUGCUGCGUCCUCUAUCUGCUGGUGCUGCAGAUUCACUUUCAAAAUUUUACUACCCACCAGUUGCAGCAGUGUCCAUUUCAUAUCCAAAAGAAGCAAUUCGGACAGAAUGCUUGAUAAAUGGUGAAUUAAAGGGGUUUGGUCAAUUGCACCCACGCAGUCAAGGGGUGGAAACUUUAGGAACCAUUUAUAGCUCUUCACUUUUCCCUGAUCGAGCACCAGCUGGAAGAGUUCUGCUAUUGAACUACAUUGGAGGGGCUACAAAUCCUGGAAUUUUGUCCAAGACGGAGAGUGAACUUAUUGAAGCAGUUGAUAGAGAUUUGCGGAAAAUGCUCAUAAACCCUAAUGCAAAAGACCCACUUGCGUUGGCUGUGAAAGUGUGGCCACAAGCCAUUCCACAGUUCUUGAUUGGUCAUUUUGAUCUCCUUGAUGCUGCAAAUGCGGCUCUCAAAGAUACUGGGUUUCAAGGGCUGUUUCUGGGGGGCAACUAUGUAUCUGGUGUAGCCUUGGGCCGAUGUGUUGAGGGUGCUUAUGAGGUUGCAGCUGAGGUGACUAAAUUCCUAUCACAGGUUGCAUACAAGUAGUGUCUGAUUUUAAAGCAACUUUUGGACAUAGAUGGGCUCUUUUGACUGAUCGAAAGUUUCUCUUCAGCUGUUCAUUUGGCGGUUUGGGUAGCCUCUUUGUGGAGAGUUUUUUCUUACAGGCAUAUUUUUUAGGAUUUUGUUUGACUUGUAAUUACUGGGUCACUGUCAUUAUUGAUCACUUUAAUGCUAUGUUUAGUGUUUGCUCUUCUUUGAUUAUUACCAGUGCAGAAGCACACAUGCAGAAUGUUUUCCAUUA